AUGGGUUUGACUAGUAAGGCGGAGGCCAGCGACACAGAAGUGAAUCAAAGAAGACGACUGGCAUCUGGAGAGCAUAUCUGUGACAAUAGAAUAUAUCCUCCUCAUCCCCGCGUCCGAGUAUUCACCCCCAGUGUAUCAACCAUGAUUUGA